UUCUUGAUACUCGCAGUGAAAUAUUUUCUAUUGUCAAAUAUUUGUACCGAGCGCUUUCAAAGCAACAUGGAUGAAAAGACUCUUUAUUCUCUGGACUCAGAGAAUGGUUCAAAGAGCAGUGAACCCAACUACUGCACGGGUGACGACGGUAGGGUGCCAAGUAAGAAACGCAAGGCCAGCAUAAAUUGCUCAGAGCCACCCAGAAAAAGACAGAGGUGUGCCAUCGAACCCUCUGAGGUGACAGUGGAGGAUGUGAGAGCUAAAGGGACUAAAAGAAAAGCCAUCACCCAAAGCGGUCCCCCCCCGAAGAGGCGGAGAACUGAAACCUACAACACCAACGCUGGUGAACCUACCAACGUGUCCAUCUCCGUCAGGACCAGCAAAGAACAAUUUGAGGCCAAGUACCUGCAGCUUCGCAAGCUCGGAGAAGGCGGCUACGGAACGGUUUAUGCUGGAGAAAGAAAAUCUGACAACUUACCAGUGGCGAUCAAACGCAUCCCGAAAGCUGAUGAGAAGACUCGACCAGUGGUUAUAAAUGGAGAGACGCACAUGGUGCCAUUGGAGGUGAUUCUCAUGCAGAGAGUGGCAGGUGGAGCGGGGUCACUGGGCAAACAUGCUGCCGUGUCAUUAUUAGACUGGUAUGAUCUGGGCCCAGAGGUCCUGCUUGUCAUGGAAAGACCAGUCCCCUGUGAGGACCUGCUGACCUACCUCAAAAAGAAUUUGUUCCUGAGGGAAGACCCGGCAAAGAAGAACAUCAUGAAGCAGCUGGUGGAAGCAGCAAAUAAGAUGCACUCUCUUGGAGUCUUCCAUCGGGACAUUAAAGCAGAAAAUGUCCUCCUUGAUUUAAGCUCGGAUGUCCCUCGUGUGAGAAUCAUAGACUUUGGAAGUGCCUGCUUGGAUACGGAAAUACCGAAAGGCUCCUUCACUGGAACCCCUGCCUAUGUCCCUCCAGAGUUUUACCGGCGUGGCACUUACGAGGCGGGCCCCAGCACAGUCUGGCAGCUGGGCGCUCUGCUCUAUGAAAUGGUGGACAGCAGUUUCGACACAAAAAAAUUCCUUCGCAAGAAAAUUACCGUAAACACUAUGCUGUCCAAAGACUGCCAGGACUUGUUGAAGGUGUGUUUGACUGUGGACCCUCAGGAGCGCGGCACUCUGGAGCAGAUUCUGCUCCACCCCUGGUUCUCCUAAUCCUGUACAACCGACCACCCAUUGGGCUGAGCCAACUGACUCCAAUGAACUCCAUCCUUUGGUCUUAUAGUCUAGACGGUUUUUUAUUUUUGUUAUUAUUUGUUUUUAUUUUUGUUUUUUUAUAUUUAUUGUUUUUCUUGCCAAAAAAGUGAAAGUGAGGAGCAUUUACAUGUACAAGUCGGGAACCAACCUACUUUACAUAUUUCACAUCAUAUUCAUUUUGACCUUCUAAUUUGCAUAUCAAAAUGGCCGCCAAAUUGCCCAUCUUGCUCAGUCGUUGGACCAUUUUCCCCUAGUUUUUUUGUAAGUAGGCAAUCAAGAUGAGUAAUUUAAGUAUCAUGUAUAUAUAUAUGCAAAAUACCAACUUUUAAGGUGAAAUUAAGCAUUAUUUUUUAUUGUCAUUUUAAAUGUCAUUUUUUAAGGCUGACAUAAAUAUUCAAUCAAUAUCACUUUUAAAUGUUCCCGUUGUAUAUAUGAUAUGUGAUGUAUUCCAUAAUAUUCCCUUGAACAGUUCUUGCACAUCUUGCUUGAGGACCACAACUCCACAUUUAAACAAGGACAUUGGUCAUCACCCUGACAUGCACACAUUGCAGUGCAUAACAGCCCCGAUUUUCGGCAUUUGCACUGGCGUGUUGUGCAUUGUUUUUUACAGGCACACAGGAUCAUUUCCAGGCAACUUUCAGGUAUUGUAUUCUGUGACAUAA